AUGUCGCGUGCUACGACCGGGGCAGUUGUUCUCGCCGUGGUGGCACAAAUCCUCGCCGCCCUCCCACCUCAUUGCCAAGCUCCAGUUGAGCCAACGGAGCGUGAGGUGAAGGUUGCCUUGCGUGCGGGUGGGCGUGCGAAGCAGCGCCUGGAUGACGAGUUCUCCAGGUUGGGGAAGAAGUCAAGCAUCCGGCCGUCGCUCCCUCAUGACUUCGCGCAAGGCGGCUAUUCCGAGCUCAUGCAGGAGAUGUUGGGCUCCUGGAGGGACUUCAUGGACUACUCGCCCGAGCGGGACGACGCUUUCGAGGAGGGCGAGCGGAAGAGUCGGGGGAAGUUCACUUGGCGAAAGCGGCUGCGGCAGUUGGCCGCCGUGGUGCGGUAUGGUCUCCAGAAGGAGGAGAUCAUGAGCACCUACGGGGGGAAGGAGCUCUACCCCGCGGUGGCCGGGACGUAUUGGCUGGACAAGCUGGACUUCGAAGGCCUGCCGCUGCCGCAGCACGAGGCCGGGCUGUUCGGGGCGCUGUGGGCCAUGCUCGGCCCGAAAUCUCUGCCCCGCGCCCUGCGGCGCUGCGACGUGGCGGCGCCCUGCGCGUGCCACUUCGCGGCCUGCGGAAGAAGCACCGGCGAAGCGGCAGAGGCCGCCGGCGCCGCGGCCGGCGAUGGCGGGGAGCUGCGGGCGCUGGAGCUGCGGGCCAGCCGCUUCCGCUGGCCCCGGGAGCUGCCGCCGGGCGCGGCGCCCGGGCUGCGGUGCCUGGCGCUGGAGGGCGUCGGGGCGCUGAAGCACCCGGAGUUUUGGCCCCGGGCGUUCCCCGGGGUCAGAGUCCUGCAGCUGAUGAUUCCAAGCUCCACGCCUCUGGCCGACGUCGCGACUCUGCUCCGAGGCUGGCAGGAGGAGUUGCUGGGCUUGGUCUUGAGCCUGAACGAGCACAUCGACAUACAUGACAUGGGACAUGAUCCAGUAGUGGUGCCCUCGAAACUCUUGGAGCCCGUCUGCUCUUUGAAGAAGCUGCGACGCCUGAAGUUGGACGGAUACAUCAGCCACCUGCCUUCGUGCCUGGGCCAGCUUCCGCUGCUCGAGCUGGACGUCCGGGGCCUGCAAUUCCGCGACGACGCGGCUUUGCCCCCCGCCUUGGCAUCGCUGGGAAACACGCUGGUGAGUUUCAUCGCCUACUCUCAGGGCUUGGAUCGCAGCUGUGGUCGCGAACCUCCUUGGAACAAAACUUCACAGGCCUUUCUCACGAGGUGCCGGGCGCGGCCCUCCUGGGACGCCGCGCAGCCCAUGGACUCGGAGGCGGAGGACGCCUGGGCGUGGCAGUGCCCCUGGGAGUCCUGGCUGGUGCGCCUGGACCAUCCCCAGGCGCCCUGGUGGUCCUGGCGCCGCCUGGAGCGCUUCUGGGUGGACGCCAACUUCUUCCACGGCGCCUUCCCCGAGGACUUGGCGCGCGCGUGGCCGGCCAUGCGGAGCCUGGAUUUGCAGCUGAAUCAGAUCUCGGGCCCGUUGCCCAAAGCCUUGGCCGAGCUUCAGAAUCUCACCGCCCUGCGCGUGCAUCGUAACAACUUCUCGGGGGAGGUGCCGCCGGCCAUCUUCGGGGCCCCGAAUUUGCAGUACACCAACUUCGAGGGCAACGCCCGGCUGGGCGGCUGCAUCCCCAGGAUGCCCAGGGAUGAGGAGACUUGGCACCUGCUGGACCUGCAGAUCCAAGGCACUCAAAUCACAGGCGUUGCUCACUUUUCUUGGCUGAGCAGCCGCGUUGGCAUCGAUCGGAAAAAAGAAGGCGGAGCCUCGGCGCUCUUCUGCCGGCUGGGGGCGGGCAGCUACCUCUUCGGGUCUCAGCGCGUGCUGCUGCGGCUGCGCGGCAGGAGCCUGGAGGCAUGGGUCAACAGCGCCUGGAUGCCCCUCGAGGACUUUGUGCGCCAGGCGCAGCCUUCGCAGGCGAUACACCUGCAGCCCUCGCCUCCAGCCACACGGUGA